GCUGAGUCAUAAAUGGCAACUCUUUCUCAGUGACCUUCAGUACGACGCGUUCAGUCAAGGAAAUGCAAGGUCCAGACGUUCUUCAUGUUCAAUUCCGAUGAAGACUUCGACGAUGAUUUCGUCUUGGAUGAUCAAACGCUGGCCAUCCUUGACAAGGAGGAGUCCAGGUUUGAGGAGUCCAAACGUGUCGGUGAGCCCGACCCAGAGGACCUGCUACCCCCGGCAAAACGACAAAAACUGGACCCAGGUCCUCCGCUGAAUUUCGGUGUCUUCAGUCACUCUCCUGAUGAUACCGAAGAUUUACCGGACAUCACAGUGUGUGGGGAUGACACGUACGGAGCUGAACUGCAAAGACCUAUCACACUGACCCCUCAAACUGCAUUGAAUGAUAACGUGAUAUUGCAUGGAACAAAUGUCACGAAGGAUGGAGCCAUACCUUCAAACAAUCACACCCUUGCUGGCGAAAUUUCUAAUCCUCGUGCAUCCCUAAAACUACCUAUCCAGUCUCGUCACCCAACCCCUAGUACGACGCGUCCUGCCCCGGCUCCCGCUGCGCGAGUGGCAUCUCAGCCUUCUCGGAGUCAAUCUGUUUCCAAACCUCAUGUCGCCGACCAUUCUCCUGCCGCUGCCUCCGGUGUAUCUACUACCACUAUCUUGGAGAAGCAUGUAGCUGCUUUGCGAAAGCAAACGGACGAGCUUCGCAAAGAUGUCCAAUCCAUGCUUUCUGCUAAACUCGCCAAAGAAGGAGAAAAUGCAAUACUAAGGAAAAAUAUUGAGAAGACAGCUCAAGAUCACGCAGCCCAAAUAACGAAGCUCAGGGCGGCGAAGGAGGAGUCGGAGGCCAAACAAACACAGAUGCAAAAAGAAAUGAAAGAGGAGGCAGAACGCCUGAAGACGUUGUAUACAUUCAAGCAACAUGAGAUCGAGACAUCUACCCGAAAGUCUCCGUGGUCUGCGAGCUCCAAGAAAGCCCCAAUGGCACCCCCUGCAACGCCUGUGCCUUUGCCUUCGCAGAUGCAAAGAUGGAACUGGAGUGGAGCUGUGGCAAGCCCUUCAAGAGUCGUACAGGAGAGUCCCACCCGACCUCGCUUUGGCGAAAUUGCAAACAAUGAGCGUACAAGGAAACCGGUCGUUGAAAACCGAAAUCUACCAUCCGGGUUCCAGCCCUCUGCAUCCCCUACAAAAUCGCGGGAUACAAAUUCCAGGAAAGGCAGAGUCAAGGCACCUGCGCAAUUCGACAGUGGCCCUCCGCCAGCAUUUCUUCCUUUUGGUGGCGCGCAGACAAAUCCGCUUCAAACGGCUCAAGAUGAUGGUUCUGGCGCUGCAGCCCAAGAUGACGUCUUCAUGGCCGACUCUAACGUGGACAUAAACUUCUAUUCGCAGCACGACGUUGAGAUGACCGACGGAGCUCAAGAUCCACAGAUUCAGGCCACUGCGGACGAGGAAAUUGAAGAGGUAGAGCCUCACAGGUGGAUUGUAGAUUUGCAUCGACUUGUCCUAAUGCACAUGGAACCGACUUGCAAGAUGACAACAUUCCAUGCCUUGUUGGGAGUUUCACUGCCUAUCGGCCCCAAAUCAGUUGCAUAUACGUCUGCGUGUUCUCGUGUGCUUGACGUUCUUGCCAGUGUACCCGCUCAGGAGCAUCAAUUUUGGGGACUCGCAGCCCAAACGAUUUGUGAGGCACUAAUAGAAAUGGCAGAUGUACUGGCCGCCUCCCACCAGAUAACGUCUUUGGCCGCACUUCUUAGUCAGCUGACUCAAAUAACAUACACUCUUCCAGCACCUCAUCCAUAUCUCUUGGUGGAUAAUGGGACAGACGUUGAAGAAGACGGGGUUCCUCGUAUUCUCGCCGUGAUAUGUUCUACUAUUCAGGACUACGUCAGUAAACUAGAAAAUCACGAAACCGAGAAAUCGGAUCUAGGUCUACUUGCUAAGGAGUCGCUCGCACUGCUGGAAGCCCUGUGUUGGGAUACCCCGAGUGACCUGGAAAAUAGGCUAGCCUUUGUACCUCGUUGUCCUUCUGUGCUAUCGAUACUUCUAGAUUCCUCUCGGCCGACGUGGUUUCUUUUUCAAAGUACGCGCAUGCUUUCUCGAUUCUCAACUCGACCCGUCCUUUUCCAAUCCCUUUUAUCAAUUCCUGACACCGAGGGGCAAUCACAAGACUAUACUCGGCUCCCUCAUGUCGAGCGAAUGUGUUCUCUCUUGAAUGAUUCAAGUAGAACGGGCGACGAGGCCGAUGGGAUCAAGCGACACAUCCUGACAUUUUUCGCUAUGCUCUCCGAGGCUCAUCCAACUGCUCACGCGAUUAUCAUCGAGUCGCAAUCUGUGAUACCCUCGAUCAUUGUUUAUCUGUACGAACUAUCAGUACCUGUAUGGCAAGGUGACGAGGCACUGGAGUCUGAUCCUCAGGCCGCUUCAAGAGUGAUACAACGGAUGAACCAGACGACCUUUCUCUUGCACCAUUUGAUGUUUAAAGCUGAAGCUCCCCCUAGAUUGCGGGAGCGUCUAGAGCAUGCACCACGCCACUAUAACGGUCUUGUACAUAUUUUCGUCGUCACCAUGGGGCGUCUUAGCUUUGCUGACGUGCCCGAAUGGGUACAAGAAGAGGACAAACUGGACUUGGAGAGAGUUGCUGGGCUUGCAAAAGAUCUCUUGGAGCUGUUGAUGGACGCGCCACAAAUGGAUGCUAUAUGGGCCACGUACCAAGAGGGGCCAGAUGAAGAGAUGGAGGACGAUGAGGAAGUGGAAGCUCGAAGGCUCGCUGCCAAUGUGAUCUAGUUCAUUGUACACGUGAGAGGCUGCGUCAAAUAAUAUCUCUGCGCAUGCAUCUCCAGAUGGUGUCCAGAACCGUAUUGGACCACCUUUGGCCUAUGUGUCUGAUGUUGCAGCAGUGCGAUCGUUUGCAAACUUUCUUUCUUUUUUUCUUUUUUU